AUGGCUGUUUUGUCUGCGGGACCAAGAGCUCUCGAAGGAGUAUCAAAUGAGGAUCUGAUUUAUGAACAAGAUGUGUUGCGUGAUCUCAGUAGCAUCAAGCCGUGGAUCACCUAUAUCGAUUUUAAGUCUCGACAUGGUUCACUUUUGGAGCAAAACAUGGUAAUGGCGCGGGCCUGCGCCCAAUUACCGCGGUCGUAUAAGCUAUGGAUAAAGUAUCUUUCCUUUCGCACAGCUCACGUGGCGAAGCUGAAUCCAGCGACUUUUGCCUCCGAAUACGCCAAAGUCAAUGCGUUGUUUGAAAGAGCCCUCAUUCUUCUUCAUAAAAUGCCCCGGAUAUGGGAGAUGUACCUACAGUUUCUGAGCAGGCAACCUAAAAUCACUUUUAUCAGACGUGCCUUCGACCGCGCCUUGAGGGCUUUACCGAUUACGCAACACAAUCGAAUUUGGACACUGUAUCUGCCGUUUGCGAACGCCGCCGCAGGAAACACUUCCAUCAAGAUCUGGAGGCGCUAUAUGCAGGUACAUCCAGAGGAGAUGGAGGACUUCAUCGAGCUGCUCGUCGAGAAUGGCGCCUACACCGACGCGGUGUUAUGUUACAUGGAUCUCCUGAACAAUGUUCGAUUCACAAGCAAACAUGGCAAAGGUCACUACGAACUAUGGGGUGAGAUGAUCGAUCUGCUGGUGGCCCAUGCAUCCGCUAUUGAAUCAAACUACGAAACUGGCAUAGACGUCGAAGGCAUCAUCAAAAGCGGAAUACGCCGCUUUUCUGAUCAAAGGGGCAAACUUUGGGCCGGACUCGCUACCUAUUGGAUUCGAAGAGGCAGUUUCGAGAAGGCCCGGGACGCCUUCGAGGAGGGAAUUACCACAGUCAUGACAGUCAGGGACUUCGCGCUUAUAUUCGAGUCAUAUACAGAAUUCGAAGAGUCAGUAAUCAGAGCGCUCAUGGAAAGCGCCUCGAGCCGGGCGACAGGCAGCGAAGAUGAUGAUGACGUGGAACUUGAGUGGGAAGUUCGUAUGAUGCGUUUCGAGCACUUAAUGGAUCGCCGUCCCUUUCUAGUCAACGACGUGCUACUACGCCAGAAUCCAAAUCUUGUGUCGGAGUGGGAGAAACGAGUUGCGCUCUGGAGCGACAACAACGAGGAGGUUAUCCGCACAUACGCACAGGCCAUUGCUGCCAUCAACCCAAAACAUGCCAUUGGCUCAUUCCACAAGUUGUGGGCUAACUAUGCACGAUUCUAUGAACGAGGGGGAGACAUUCGAAACGCUCGCAUAAUCAUGGAAAAAGCGGUCAGGGUUCCAUUUAAAUCUGUUGCUGAGCUGGCAGAUAUGUGGAUCGAAUGGGCUGAGCUGGAGCUUCGCAAUAAGAAUUUCGAUGAAGCUGCGAGAAUCAUGGCGAAGGCUGUCCAAGCCCCGAAGAGAUCAUCAGUCGACUAUUUCGAUGAAUCACUCUCAGCACAACAGCGGGUGCACAAAAGUUGGAAACUCUGGAGUUUCUACGUGGACCUUGUGGAGAGCGUCUCCACGCUGCCAGAAGUUAGGAAGGUCUAUGAGCGUAUUCUUGAGCUUCGUAUCGCAACCCCACAAACCAUUGUCAACUACGCGAAUGUCUUGGAAGAAAACAGAUACUAUGAAGAGUCGUUCAAGGUUUACGAGAGAGGGCUGGACUUGUUCAGUUACCCCGUGGCAUUCGAGCUGUGGAAUUUAUAUUUGACCAAGGCAGUAGAUCGCAAAAUAGGAAUCGAAAGGCUGCGGGAUCUGUUUGAGCAAGCCGUAGAGGACUGUCCUCCCAGAUUCGCGAAGACUAUCUACCUAAUGUACGGAAACUUGGAAGAGGAGCGAGGGCUGGCAAGACAUGCAAUGCGCAUCUAUGAAAGAGCAACGAGAGCGGUCAGUGACGAGGACCGCGCCGACAUGUUCAACCUCUACAUCACCAAGUCAGCCUCCAACUUCGGAUUAUCGUCAACCCGUCCCAUUUACGAAAGAGCUAUUACCGCGCUUUCAGAUUCAGAAGUCAAGGAGAUGUGCCUCAAGUUUGCGGAUAUGGAAAAGCGGCUGGGCGAAAUCGACAGAGCGCGCGCCAUUUACGGACACGCCUCGCAAUUCUGCGAUCCUCGGACGAAUCGGGAUUUCUGGGAGCGAUGGGAGCAGUUUGAGGUUCAGCACGGAAACGAGGAUACUUUCAAGGAGAUGUUGCGCGUCAAACGAAGCGUUCAGGCGCAGUACAACACCGACGUCAACUUCAUCGCAACGCAAGCCCUGGCUCGCGGUCAACAGGCCUCGGCGCAGCCUCCGCCUUAUACGGUCACUGCACCGGGCCUUGGCAAACAAGCAGCGGCAAUGCCGGGUUUCGUAGCGGCGAGUGACUCGCUUCCAUCGACAGUUCGGCAAGGGGAUACGACAGCAAACCCAGAUGCUAUCGAUAUAGAGCAAUGA